CGGAGAGUUGUUGUUCCUGACGUCAAGUGCACUGGCCACGCCCCCUCCUGCUGGCCGUUAGAGGGCGGGGCGGGAGCAGGAGGCUGAGCCUGAGCCCCACGUGUGACGAUUUUGCCUUCCAGCUUCGGUAAUAUUCCUCCUGCGCUUCUGUUUGCGCCUCGUCCCACUCUCUCUCUCUCUCUCUCUCUCUCUCUCUCUCCCCGUUCUGUAUGUGUGUGUGUGUGAGAGAGAGAGUGAGUGCGUGUGUGUGUGUGUGUAUGUGUGAGUGAGUGUGUGUGUGAGAGUGUGUGUGUGUGUGUCUCGUAGUUUUACUGCCCUGUAGUUUUUUGUGAGACAGCGCUAUGGAUGGAGACGGGAGCCAAGCCACGUCCGGAAGCCCGAGCGACACACAGCAUGACCCGGGCAAAAUGUUUAUCGGUGGCCUGAGCUGGCAGACCUCACCAGACAGCCUUAGAGACUAUUUCAGCAAAUUUGGAGAAAUCAGAGAAUGCAUGGUGAUGCGAGACCCCACAACCAAACGCUCAAGAGGCUUCGGGUUCGUUACGUUCGCUGACGCGGCCAGUGUAGAUAAAGUCCUAGCUCAGCCGCACCACGAAUUAGACUCAAAGACGAUUGACCCAAAAGUGGCCUUCCCUCGCCGGGCUCAGCCUAAGAUGGUCACAAGAACGAAGAAAAUAUUUGUGGGUGGUCUGUCAGCGAACACAGUGGUGGAUGACGUGAAGCAGUAUUUCGAACAGUUUGGGAAGGUAGAAGACGCUAUGCUAAUGUUUGACAAGACCACUAAUAGACACAGAGGCUUUGGCUUCGUAACUUUUGAGAAUGAAGAUGUCGUAGAGAAAGUCUGUGAAAUUCAUUUCCAUGAAAUCAAUAAUAAAAUGGUAGAAUGUAAGAAGGCCCAGCCCAAAGAGGUGAUGUUCCCCCCAGGCACACGGGGCAGGGCCAGGGGUCUGCCCUACACCAUGGACGCCUUCAUGCUGGGAAUGGGCAUGCUGAGUUACCCAAACAUUGUGGCGACGUAUGGGCGUGGAUACACUGGAUUUGCUCCGAGUUAUAGCUACCAGUUUCCCGGUUUCCCGGCAGCGGCGUAUGGUCCGGUGGCGGCAGCAGCGGCAGUGGCAGCAGCACGAGGCUCAGGUAGGGGCGCCCGAGGAAGAGGCAGCUACGUGGCGUACCCACAGAACCCGGGGCCAGGCUUUCCCGAUUAUGGGUUUUAUUCCGCGCCCAGUGACCAGCGGGGGGCACCCUGCUCCUUUGCCGACUAUGGCUCCCUGGGGCCUCAGGCGGCUCAGAUGCUGCAAAGCGAGCACGCCACAUCCGCCUGCAACUCUCCCCUGCAGCAUCUUCACAGCCCGGAUCAGUUUAAGAGCCCAGGCGCUAACCCUGCUCGGCCUGGAGCCUUCCCGGGUGCCAACAGUCCAGGGCCUGUAGCUGAUCUGUAUGGCCCAACUAGUCAGGAAUCGGCCGUGGGGAACUACAUCAGUGCCGCUAGUCCUCAGCCUGGCUCCGGCUUCAGCCACGGCAUUGCUCGUAAAUCUGGAGGUCCUGGGAAGACGGGCCGAAGUUUCUAACUGGUCGUGUACAGGUGAUGACGCGAGACUUCAAGCACUGCAGCAUCCCAUUGGUGAAAGGGACAGGGGGUGGCACCAUGAAGAAGAAAAGAACAAAGGAUAUGUUAAGCUCAUUUAAAAAAAAAAAAGAAUAAUAAUAAUAAUAAUAAUAAUAACUGCUGUACCAUAACCCCCACCACCCUCUUGUAACCACGUAACUUUUAUUUGUUCCGUAUGGCAUUUUAUUUCUCUUUCUUUUCUUUUGCUUUUAGUUGGUUAAGUUGCAUAGUUGAUUAAAAAAAAAAAAAAAAAAGGUUUGGUUGGUUUGUGAUCAUUUUGAUUUUUCUUAUUUCUAAUCAUGUGAAUUUUCUUUCGCCGUUUUGGCAAGUGUAGUUUAUGUGUUUACUCGUCAUGUCUGAAUUACCUUUGGUACCAAUUGUUGUAAAGCUCCGAUUUUAUGGUGUCAUAUUUGCACAAAAACAGUUAAAGAUCCAGCAUUACAGCUAUGAGAGAACAUUUCAUUUUGAGUGAAAAACGAGAGGGUAACUGAUCUAAUCAAUCUUAGUAGCUGUUUUUACUUCUUGUGAUGUCUCAUUGUCGAUCAUAAUUACCUAUUUUUGGGCAAUACAAAGAGGACUCCAAUAUUUUUAUGGUCCUUUUUUUUUUUUUUUUUUUUUAAUAUAAGUGUUGUUUUUGUCAUUUAGGGAAAAAAAAAAGAAAUGUAUACUACGGCAUUUUUUCAGAUGAAUACAUUGUGAAUUCAGAUUUAAGAAAAACAAAAGAAAUGUAACUGUAAAUAUUAUUCCAGUCAUUGCAUAUAAUCUACUCAGAAUGGGGGGAAAAAAGUACAUAUUUUUCUGACCAUGUGUCAAAAGAAAUUGUUCCAGGGUGUGAAUAAGCAAAAAGAAAAUAUAGGUCUUAACAGAUUAUUAUCUAGUUGUCACUCAAAUACAGUAAAGUACCCCGGUGACUAAUCGGAUCUAUCAGAUAGCUGUUUUUUUUUUUGCUUGCUGUGUAAAUACUCAAGCUGAAUAAUUUUCCAAGUGUCAUACCAGCAUAUUUACAAACCGGUGACUACAGGGCACUGCUCACAGUCAGAGAAACAGAUAACGUUGUUGGAGGCUUUUAUCUCCACUCUGGAGAUUCAAGCUUGAACUUUUGAGAGAACAAUGUUUCAAUCCAAAGCACACUGUAGGUAAUGUUAAAGAGAUUUUACUCUGUGUGACCUGACACUUUUAUACUCCUGACGAGAAAAAAAAAAAAAAAAAAAAAAAAUGACUAUGUUAUUUGGUGUUGUUGUUUGUCCUGUACACUCGGUUCCACCUGAUUUUGGAACCCGGUAUCUGGCCUGUACAUUACAGUUAGGCAUGUGCUGAUAAUUGGUUAUACAGUAUAAUCACGAUAUUUCACAAUAUUGCUGUUGUGCGUGUUUCCAGUAAAUGUGGUUACUCCGCCUUGCUCUGUUCAGGAGCAGACAUUGAGAACACAGCAUAAAGAUCUUCUAAGGGUGCUUAUUUUAGACAUUCGAGAAAGCAGAACACGUUCUCAAAGAUCCUAAUUCACUGGAUUUGAAAAUUGUGGCAUGAAUAAUUUUUUUCAUUAUGUAGUCACUUUUAAAAAUACAACAUCGUGACGAUAAAUGUUGUAUCCUUGAUCAGACUAUUAUCCUUUUUAUCGUGAUGAUAUUUUAUCAUGAUAUAAUUGAAUAUCAGCACAUGCCUAGUCACAGCUUUUUGUUUUUAAAUGAAUCGAGAAGGCAAACCUUUUAUACCAUACCUCAGUGCUGUGAGUUUAACGGUGGAAAUGCUUAGAAAAAAACGUAAUUUAUUUUAUCAGCGAGUUAACAGGCAAACCAGACUGAGCUGAGUAUAAGGCUAAAUCAUUGCACUGUGACCAGUGGAAAAGCCCUCAGACCGCUUCCUUUUUGCACAUGUCGAAUGCUCCUUGACCAGGGUUUCAUGUAUGAAGACUCCAUAUGAAUGUCACUGCGAGGCGAGCAAAAAGAAAAGCAGUCUCUAGACCUCGGAGAUCAGAUCUCAUUUCAUGGCUAUAGCCAGCAUCGACUCUAAAAUAUUGACGUAUUUUAGAUUACAGCUGAUAGAAGACACUGAAUAUGUUCGUGCAGAGAACCAGAGCUGCUGAGCUGACUUUUUCUUGUAUAAAAGACUUUUGGGUUUUGGUCAGAGAUAUAAUGUUUAAUGAAAUGAUUUUAAAGUGUGGCUUGUUGAAGGUGAUGAUUUGAUUGAUGUAUAUUUGUACAUUUGUCUCUUGUUUCCUGCUGCAAAUGUAUACUACAGUUUUUUUGUUUCUGUUUUGGUUUGACUUUGUUUCAUUUUGAUGUACACCGAUGCUCCGAAUAACCAGGUGAAGCAAAAUGCUGGAUGCUUUUUACACAAUCUGGAGAUACGAUCAAGUAAUAAUUUAAACAAACUGAAAAAAGAUGACUAUUGUAAUGUUCAAAUGUACAAGAAAAACAUGAAAUACAAAACUUGAAAAAAAGGACAAAAGAUGUUCCUUCACUGAUUUCAAGUUUGAAUUGGGGGUGGGGGGUGGGGGGUGUGUUAUCGUUGAUAUAGUAGUUAAUAUACUAAUUAUACUCCAGUGUACUGUGUACUCAGAUUCACUAUCUCUCCAUUCCUUAUCACCACACCCAAGCUUCACUUCAUCACUGUAUUUGGGAGGCAUGUGCUGAAAUUCAGAUUUGAUAUACGAUGUACCCACAAGUUUAUUGUGGAUGCAUCAAAAUACUGUUUUACUUAUAUAUAUAUAUAUGGCAGAUUUUUUUGGUUGUCUUUGUGCUUUUGAGGGAGGAAAAAAAAAAAAAAGGCCCAUCUGAAUACAUUUGAAGGAGGCGAUCGCAUAAUUCUGUUCACCGGACAGAACUGUCAGCCCAAAUGAGAAGCGAUUUUUAUCGAAGUAUUUGUUUUUUUUCCACAGAAGUCUUGUGAUAAAUGCAGUGAUGAAACAUGAAGCAACUAUUGUGACAUGAAAGUUUUAACGUUAGCACAUGCCUAGUACUCGGUAGUGUGUAAAAUCAUGUAUUGUAACCACAUGCUGUCUUUGAUACCGUGCAGUGAUUUCACUUUCCCAUGGCCAUACUUUCCCUCCUUCUCUCUCUUUCUCUCUCUCUACUACUUAAUAGACGCUGUGUAGACUCGCUAGUUUGUAGCAGAUUUAGGACCACUAAAGAUCAAACUUUCUCAGAUUUCAUCUUUUACUUGCUUCAUUUGUCCACACGGUUUUCAACUAACCAAAGCUUUCACAAAAGAACUCUGUAAUAAUAAUGCAAAUUGCAGAAAACAGAAAAAGAACAGAAAAAUUAUUAUUAUUAAGCAGUAUGCCAUAUGACCUUAAAUCCUAAUGGAGAACUGUCACUUUUGAUUGUAGUUAUAAUAUUAUGAAGAUUUUAAUUUUAUAAUUAAGCAGUAAGAGCUCUGUGGAGAUUUUAAUGAGGAAAUCUUUUACCUGAUUUGAUGUUUGUAAACUUUAAAAAGUGCCACUCUGUUUCCUAUGCCUUUACACAAAUCUUUUAUUUCUUUUACGUCUAUAAAGUUGUAUACAUACACACUCAGUUGCCAGUUUAUUGGAUUAUGCAACUAUCUUGACCUCUACACUCAAUGGACAAUAGAGAACGGAUAAAAUGGGACUGGCUGAGCCCUGUACAAAACAUACUAAAAUCCGAUACAUCACAAGAUGCAUCACGAUAAUAGAAUUCUGUAUUAGUGCAUCAGGGUUAAACCAAUUACACUUAAACCGUAGAAUAGCCUAAUCUUUGUCCAUUCUGUUGCUUAGCAACCAACGCUUACUGUUAGUGGACUACACUGCAUGGCAUAAGAAUUGUUUAGAGAAUUGUUUUAGCGAUUAUUAUUAUUAUUAGUAGUAAUUAAUUAAAUUAUUUAUUAAACACUGCAUUUUAUUGUCUGAUGUCUGCUUCGCAUCGUGCAUAAGAACACCUUGAUCCAUGAUAAAAUCACUACCACAUGCCCUCUCAUGCCUUUAUUUCAUAACAUGCGCCGAACAAUUAGUGACUGUAGUCCAUUUAUUGCUGUUGUUGACUGAUCAAGUCUCUAACUGGACACCUACAGGUAAUUGUGUAACGAAAUGGCCAGUAAGAAUAAAACUCCAGCAUUGUCGCUGUGCCCGAUAUACUCACACACACUUCCUAUGUCACUAGCGUCAAAGUCGUGCUGAGAUUAUUCCGCCACUCAAAUAAUAUCUGCUCAGUGGUGGUCCGUUUCCAUUGACGGACAGGGUAGAAGUUGGCUGACGAACUGUGCACAGCGACAGACAAGCUACAGUCAGUAAUUAUAGAGCUAUAGUGAGCACCUAUAUGGCAGCUUUACCUGGUAAACUGGCUAAUAAGAGUACAAACAACGUAGGAUACCUAAUAAAGUGGCCACUGAGUGUAUUAUACAGCUAUAAAUGUAAAGAGGGAAAACUCUAAACUGUCUGGGUCCCCCUCCCCCCAAAGGAAAUUUAUGAGUUAGAGAUAUUGACCCUGCUUUCAUAACUUAGUCUAGGUGAUCACAUCUGCUAUGUGCCAAGACAAAAUUUCACAGCAUCUCUAAUCUGGAAAAUCUCUCCCGGAAUUCCAAGGAAACCAUAAGUACAAAGCAAGCAUGUCAUGCCAGAAUAUUCAACAUGGACAUUAUUGUUACUACGGACACUUUAAAAUAUCAUUAUUCCACACAUUGUUUCAUCUGAGACUUGAGGCCAUCUAUACUCUCAGAAAAAAGGGUACUGAACUAUACUUGCCGUGUUGCUGGGGUGGUAGCCUUUUGAUAUCUUUUUUACCUUUAAUAUCUACCUUUCACCUGGAAAUAUGGAUAUAGUGAAGCUUUAAAAAUAUUGAAGGUACAUAAUUACCUGAGAUUAGAGAUUAAUUGAGAUUAGAGAGCACACCUUAUCCGUCUUUCUAGGUAAAAGAUACACACUAACAGUACAAAAGGUGUAUGCUUGACAAAGAACAACAACAGAGACAAGGAAGGGUACAGUUUAGUACCAUUAGGAAGGUGAUAUAAGCACAGAGGAUAUCUAAUAUUCCUUCUGUUCACCAGUCUGUGAAAGUUUGAAAAACGUUUUGGACAGAAACAUCACCUUGGUACAGACACACACACACAUCAUAGCUGAUUCACAAGAUUGAUUUUUCAUAGAUCAUAAGUAAGGAAUAACACACGACAGACCGCGCUGUUAUACAAAAAUAACGCACGUCUGGAGUGGUGUGAUGCAGCAUGACACGCAAGCUGAGUGCUGUUACAAACAACCCAACCCACCACGAUAAACUUCAAAAAGCUCUAGGACCGUACAACCACUUACAACCAAGACUCCUUCCGUAAAUGUUAAAUAAUCGUUUCCUAACAAAAAAACGUCACAUCAACAAUGAUAGGUUCUACUUUGUUAAACAGCAACACAUUUUUUAAAAUCUGUUCAUUAUUAAUGUUGGAUUAUCCCUGUGUAGGAGCUGUUACUAGUUAUAACACGAAUAACAUAUUAGAGCAAGUGCACUGAUAUUAACCUGCUGUUCAUGUUGCAACUCUCUCAUCUUCUCUCUUUUUCCAUCUCCUCAUUUUGACUAAAGCUGUUGUUCAUUGCUUUUGAAGCAAUCAUCGAGAACACUGCAGGCUUCGAUUUAGACAAUUGUGGAAUCUGAUUCCACAUAACUGCAUGAAAAACACUUAAGUGUUGACUGUUAACCAUUGAGUGAGUCGACUUUUUUAGUGGCCUCAACUUGAUCUUUUUUUUGGCAUUCAUUUUCACUAUGGAAAGUAGGCAUGUGCUGAUUGAUCACAAGUUAUAUGUGUAUAGUGGCUACUUUAUCCCAUUUUUUUGCCAAAAUUUUAACGCAACGUACAGUAUUUCCUUCUUCUGUAUACCAGGUAAUAUCAGACAUGUAAAACAGUUAAAUCAAUUAUCAUUAUAUGAAAAUGUGAUAUUGGCACAUGCCUGCUAGUAAGGCAGGUCAUUUCCAGCUGUACUGUCACAGCCCACUCUCCGGGCUUCCUACUAAUUUUGCUAUCUACAGAAAGAAAGAAAAAAGCAGCUUUCCUUUUCUUUCCCUUCCUCCUGUCUUGACACUUGCCUGUCUUCAAAUGCUAACAACCUUUUAACGGCAAGAAACUGAUGUCUGAAAGCAUCUUUCAGGUCCUCUUGUAUGGCUUGCUCAAGCCCUGAUGUAAAAUAAACUUAAAAAAAAAUAAAAAUAAAAAUAAAUGAUUAAAAAUCAUAAUAAUAAUUAUGGGGUGGGGAUUAUCUCACGCCUCAGAUGUGGAACAUAUACUUUAUACUAUAUUUGUAUUUUGCAAUAUUAUUAGUAAUAAGAAGAAUAAAAACACGUUUCUGAAAGGUUUCCAUCAUCUACUGUGGUCCAGAAAUCAAUGUGUCUGGAAAAAAAAAUAAUAAAGUCAAAGGAAAUAUUUUAUUCGUUUCCAUCAUUAUUUUGUUAAUAUAAAUACUGAAUCUAGUAGUUUAUGGUCUUAAUUAUAUUACUAUGUAAUAAGAUAAAUGUCCAUUUGUAUGCUGUGGUAUGCAAUAUAUAUAUAUAUAUAUUUUUUUUUUUUUUUGUCUCCUGGGAAACAUGUAAAUAUCUUAUGUAGCUUCUGAAGGGCAGCACUAAAUGAAAAAAAAAAAAGAUCUUUAAACAAAAUAAUUUACACCGAUCAUCCUGUUCAAAAGUUUACAUCCCCCGGCUCUUAAUGUAGUGUGUUGCCUUCUUGAGCAUCAGUGAAUGUUUGCACCUUUUGUAAUAGUUGUGUACGAGUCCCUCAGUUGCCCUGUGAAAAGAUGGAUCUCAACAUCAUAUAAUCGCUGCUGGAAAGGGGUCAAAUAUGCAGAAGAUGCGGGGAAAGCAAAUAAUGUGCAGGACCUGGAGGAAUUUUCUGAAGAGUUUAACUGCAAGGGACAAACAAUGGACUCAUGAACAACUAUCACAAAACAUACAAACAGUCGUUGAUCAUCCAGGUAACAGCGCACAGUAUUAAGAACCAAGCGUAUGUAAACUUCUGAAUUGGUUCAUUUGUGUAAAUUCAGUUAUUAUUGUGUCUUGUGGACUAUAUGUAAACAUCUGCUAUGUGAAAUAGCUUAUUCAGGGCAGUACUAAAUAAAAAAACAGAAUGCAAUUUU